AUGCCAAACAUCAAGCUGCAGAGUAGUGAUGGAGAUAUUUUUGAUGUUGACAUCAAUAUUGCCAAGCAAUCUGGCACUAUCAGCACCAUGCUGGAAGACCUUGGUAUGGACGAGGAGGAUGAUGAUCCCGUGCCACUUCCUAAUGUCAGUGCUAUGAUUCUGAAGAAGGUGAUCACUUGGUGUAAGCACCACAAGGACGAUCCUCCCAAGCCUGAAGAUGAGGAGAACAUGGAGAAGAACGAUGAUAUUGACAGUUGGGACCAGGAUUUCCUCAAAGUAGAUCAAGGAACCUUGUUCGAGUUGAUCCUUGCUGCUAACUAUCUGGACAUCAAGGGAUUACUGGAUGUUACCUGCAAGACAGUCGCCAACAUGAUAAAAGGGAAGAAAGCAGAGGAGAUUCGUAAGACGUUCAAUAUAAAAAACGACUUUACCCCCGAGGAAGAGGAACAGAUCCGCAAGGAGAAUGAGUGGUGCGAAGAUCCCUAGAUUGUUUCCCUGCACAGUGUUUAGUGGACUUCUCAAAACUUUUACACAAAAUUGUUUAUAAAAAAUACCUAUGUUUAUUAGUUUAGUAAAUUUCUUAACAUGAGCAGUACUCAUAAAUGCAAUAUAUAUUUUGCUUACUGUUUACUGUAGCAUUUGUUUUGUAUUGAUUAUAAAAGUUGUUGCUGAGUGUAUGGGGUUGGAUGUGAAACAGCUGCACUGUUGGGCUAGAAGCUAGAAGCUGAAAAGUUUUCGGAACAUUUUUCUAUUACCUUUGCUGUAAAAGCCUACUUACAUUAAAAUGUAACUUGUGUAUUUACAUUUAGUAAAACUCAUUUGCCCAUAGCCAUCUACCAGUACUGUUAUUAUAGCA